AUGGAAUCAGAACAGUUCGACUUGACGUUGCAACCGACAUGGACAGCAGAUGGCUUCCUAGCAGCCGGUCUCAGUGCCUUAGGAACGGCUCUAGAUGCGAGCUACGCUAGUCCUUCCUGUCCGACGAAUUCAGCAAUUUCGAUUGCAUUUUCGAUGCCCAGCAUGGAACUUCAAGAUUCGAUGCUCGGCCUGCACGAUUUCUACGAAACAAAGAGCCCAAACACACGAUAUGGCUCACUAGACGGUGGACAUCCAGGUGCGAGCAUCCUUGUUCCACUGGUCAGAAGUCGGAGCUUAACAGAUGAUGCUCGGAAAAGCGCUAAAGAGCGCCGGAGGACGCAGAAUCGACGUGCUCAGCGUGCAUAUCGACAACGCAAGGAACAGAUAAUGAAGGAUCAGGAGACUGAAAUUGAGAGUCUGAAGCUGCAGCUAGCCAAGGAGAAGAGACUGACUUUAGCUUUGGCGAGAGUGAUAGAAUUCUUAAAAGAGCAAUUGAAGACAGUACAAAAGUCGAGUCCAGCAGCGAAUGAGGAAGCUGCCGUGAGCUGA